AUGCUGUCCUGCAAGUUGACCUCUGUUGCUGUAGCAGCUAUUAUCGCUUUUUCUGGUCAAGCUGUCAGCUUCAAAACUACACAUGCUGGGCUUAGUCUUAGAGAUGCUAUCGACGAAAACCCUUACUUCCUCAGCGUCCGUGAUGAUGCUUGGCUCAAUCUUGAUGUUCGAGGAUUUGAUGAUGCCGGCCUUGCUCUGAAUGAAGAGCGUGACCUUGAGGAGCGUGGCACUGGUGGUUACAUACAGAAGGGAAAGGGGAAAGGCAAUAGUGGUGGCGGCGGCGCCAUUGAUUCUAUUGUACUGCCUCACCGAAAGGGCAAGCGGGCCCUUAAGGAACGUGGUACUGGUGGCUACAUACAGAAAGGCAAGGGCAAAGGCAACAAUGGCGGCGGCGGUGGUGCUAUCGGUCCUAUUGAAGUGCCUUACCGCAAGGGGAAGCGUGGCACUAGUGGCUAUAAACAAAAGGGCAAGGGGAAAGGCAACAGUGGUGGUGGCGGCGGCGCCAUUGAUUCUAUUAUAGUGCCUCACCGAAAGGGUAAGCGAGCGCCUGAGGAGAACUAG